AUGGAAAACGACUUGAAGGAAGAACUGAUUAGAAGAAUGAGAACCGCAUGGGCAGCAUUCGUAGCCGUCAGGGAAGCUACAGACCAGCUGACGGACAAAGAUCUUCGUGCCCAUGUGUUCGACUCGACAGUUCCUCCAGCGCUCUGUUACGUAGCGAAGACGUGGGCAGACACCACUGCCACGUCUAGGAAACUAUUUACUACCCACAGAGACCCCCUUGAGAGAUGCAUUCUAAAGUUUAACCGGCGCACACAACACCUAGUCGGUCUUCGCAGCUCCGACUUAAGAGGAAUGUUCUGUCUUCGCGUCCCAGCGGGAUGUGUAUCGAAAGCAAAAAAUAAAUGGGCCGGUCACAUCAUGAUAAGAAUCGACGAUAGAUGA